AUUGUUGUUUUUAUUCAGUUAUGCAGUUUAAAGUAUUUUUACGUUAUACAGUAUUAUUCUCUGUUUCAGUUUGUAGAUAAGUUUACGUUAAUAUUCAUUUUCUUGUUUCUCAUUGAGCGUAAUGGAUAAGGAAAGAGAGACCAGGGAAAGCGAAAGAGAAUUAAGUUAGGUGGAAAUAUGACUGUUUAAAAUACACUUAGAAUAUCCGACUGCGUCUGGUUCUCAUCUUGCGUGCAGAUUGUUCAACCAUCACUCAGUGAAACCUGUAGUUGCAUCUACAAACUGCCACUGUUGUUUAAACACCGUGCAAUUUACCUGCAUUUAUUUUACUGAGGAAUUAUAGGUUUGCCGUUCGGGCUCAGUUUUAUUUGAAACCCUGAUGAACUAUUGCAAUAGUUUUGAGUUAAGCCCAGUAUUAUAGAAAGAGCUCUGCCGCUUUAAAAAAACAGACUAAACGGGAGGCUGAUAAACAACACAGAAAGUAGUGCUGUACUGAAUAACUUGCCUUGUUUAUUAUACAGGACUUGACACAGAUGAAUAUGCACUAUGGGUGAUUCCUAAACCACAGGCUUCCCCACUGGCUCCAGGACAGAAGUGUUUGGGGGCAACGACUUUUGUCUUGAACUGCUUGAGGCUUUGUCCUGAAGCUUACCCUGUCUUUCUGAGAACCUCUGAGGUUAAAAUUAGAUAUUUCUAAAAUUAGAACAUUCCCUGGUGGGUUGGGGGUUGGGGUAGUGUGAGGUGUUCGUUUUUAGUUUUCAGGCUUCUAUGCUCACACAUUUGUCUGUUCUUACUAUUGUGAUCCUGGCGUUGGGCCUGGAAAGAGGAACAGCCUCAGACAGACUGCUACGUUCCCCACAGGGGGGAGCUCUGCGGUAUGUCCGGGGUGACCUGUUCAGCUGCCCCGAGGAAGAGUCCCUGGCACACUGCAUCAGCGAGGACUGCCGCAUGGGCGCCGGCAUCGCUGUGCUCUUCAAGAAGCGCUUCAGCAGUGUGGAGGAGCUGAAGGCCCAGCAGAAGAAGACAGGUGAGUGUGCAGUGCUGAAGAAAGGGCAGCGAUUUAUCUAUUAUCUGGUAACAAAGAAGAAGGCCAGUCAGAAACCCACCUAUGACAGCCUGCGGAAGAGCCUAGAGGCCAUGAAGCAGCACUGCCUGGAGAACAGGGUCACACGGCUGUCCAUCCCCCGAAUUGGCUGCGGUCUGGAUGGCCUGGACUGGAGUAAAGUGUCUGUGAUGAUUAAAGAGGUGUUCCACAGCACUGAUAUUCGCAUCACUGUCUAUACCCUCUGAGCCCACUGGAGGGCAGUGCUGUGCUGAUCAAAGGGCAGUACAAGGCAUGACCUGAUGGCCCAGGGUUUUGGUCUCAGCUUUGACUUUGGCCAGUUAUGUGUCAGGACAACUGAUUUAGUGUGUCUGCUGGUAAAUGACAACAGUUUCUUGUGUUACAGAGAACAACUUUGUACGUUUCUAAAACAUUUUUUGAACAGAGCAGAAAUAUUAAUCACCAAACAGGUGUGUUGUUUAUUUUUACUUGUUUCGGAGUUAAUGGCAUGUUGAUGGAGGGCUAAUUUGCCUAACAGCCUGACACAUCUGGAUUACGUACAGCCAGAAACAUGGUUUCUUCUCUGGUUUGUGUUUUGAAUCAGGAGCAGGGUUCUAUGAUCUUUGAUGGGGUCAUGUUGCUUAACAAAACAAUGCCCUGAUACAUUGGUGCUGGAGGCUCUCACCUCAGGCCUGUCCUGCUCCCUGACCUUUUGAAAUUGACGUUUGAGUUUUUUGUCUGAUGUUUCCUGAAUGGCUUUACAACAGUGUAUUGUGGUGUCCCCAGAAAGCGUGAUUCUGCAGGUUCACUGUCUAGUGUUACCAUAGCCCCUUGGCCUGAGCCUGUCUGUGGGUGCACAAAGAUGCUGUAUUUCUAUCUCAUGUCUCAUGUCUCAGUCAUGGAUUGCAGUGUCUGUACUUUUUUAUUCAAAACAAAAAGGUGAAAGUGUCUUCAGUGUUAGCUGAUCAAUAACUCUCCCAUUAUUUGUGGUGUAGGGGAGGGGCCAAGCUGUACUGAAUAGAUUAUUCUUCUUUAAAAAAAACAAAAAUAUUGCUUUUUUGGCAAGAUGCUUGAUGUUGGUUUGAAGAUUAGUUUUCAAAGUUGCUAAAUACUGAAAAAAGUCUGAAACUGUGUAAAUAAAAGUCCCUUCAGUAA